AUGUAAGGUUGUUUAGGAGUACCGUAGGCUAUGUGGGGCAUUGUAGAGAGUAUAGUUGGUAGAUGUGAGCUUUUCUAGUGAUCCAAGUAGUAGCAUAGUAAUGUGUGUCCGCAUGACUCAUUUAUCCUUCAAACUCUUUUGGCGCUCGUUCCAUGAGAUCUAAGUGUCAAUAUUAGCGAGUAGUAUGUUGUAGAGUCGCUAUGGGGUUGGUACAGUAUUGUGAUAUACUAAGGGAAAAAGACGUGUACUCAUUUAUCAGUUGAUGUUCUGUUAUGAUUGAUUGUUUGGAAUACAUUGAAAGGUGAUUGUCGACGCGUGUUUGACCUGUAAGUCAGUUUCAUUGACAUGCUUUAUUGUGACAUGAGUUUAGAGAAAUGUUUGUUGGAGUUGCAUGAUUAUUGGAAUUCGAGUGGCUGUAAUUGAGAAUUGGAUGAGGAAGUAACUGCAACGCAAGGGGUGGUAAUGCAAACUGCAAUGCAAGGGGUGGUAGUGCAGAGACCUAAAUAAUAGGUGAUGUUGACUGUAACGCAAGGGGUGGUAAUGCAGACUACAACACAAUGGGUGAAAAUGCAGAGUGUUGAGAUUUUGAGGAGUAUCGAAAUGGUUGACAACCUAUUUAGGCAGUGGUACCACUGGAGCCAUUGCUGAAGGAGUUGCUGCUGGUGCUGCCCUGUUGUUUACUACCCCUGCAAUCGCACUUGCUAUGUUGAGACUAAGAAAACCACAGGAUCAUUUCUUUGAUAAACCUGCCGAAGAGGUUCAUCUAGGACAGCUCAAGCGGUUUUCUUUGCGUGAACUACAAGUUGCAACUGAUAAUUUUAGCAACAAAAAUAUUUUAGGGAGUGGUGGAUUCGGUAAGGUCUACAAAGGGCGCUUGGCUGAUGGCUCUCUUGUGGCAGUGAAAAGACUAAAAGAGAAGCGUACUCAGGGUGGGGAGCUGCAGUUCCAAACAGAAGUGGAAAUAAUCAGUAAGGCUGUCGGUCGAAAUGUACUCCGUUUACGUGGAUUUUGCAUGACACCAACUGAACGGUUGCUUGUCUAUCCGUAUAUGGCCAAUGGCAGUGUUGCAUCGUGUUUAAGAGAGCGAUCUGAAACACAGCCCCCGCUUGAUUGGCCAAUAAGGAAGCGAAUUGCUUUGGGAUCCGCUAGAGGUCUUGCAUAUUUGCAUGAUCACUGUGACCCGAAGAUUAUUCACCGUGAUGUCAAAGCUGCAAAUAUAUUGUUGGAUGAGGAAUUCGAAGCAGUUGUUGGAGACUUUGGCUUGGCUAAACUAAUGGAUUACGAUGAUACUCAUGUUACCACUGCUGUACGUGGGACAAUUGGGCACAUUGCUCCUGAGUACCUCUCAACUGGAAAGUGUUCUGAGAAAACUGAUGUUUUUGGUUAUGGGGUCAUGCUUCUGGAGCUCAUCACAGGACAGAGGACUUUUGAUCUUGCUAGACUUGACAAUGACGGAGAUGUCAUGUUGCUUGAUUGGGUAAAAGGACUUUUGAAAGAGAAGAAGUUGGAAACAGUGGUUGACGCAGGUCUGCAGGGUAAUUACAUUGACGUAGAAGUGGAGAAACUCAUUCAGGUGGCCUUACUCUGCACACAGGGCACCGCAUGGGAACGUCCCAAGAUGUCUGAAGUUGUCAGAAUGCUUGAAGGCGAUGGAUUAGCUGAGAGGUGGGAAGGAUGGCAGAAGGAAGAGUUUUUCCGCCAAAAAUUCAACCAUACCCACCACCAAAAUAAUGAUUGGAUAAUUGCUGAUGGAAAUGCCCCUCCCGAUUCCACUCCCAAUCUCCGCCCAGAAGAAUUAUCCGGUCCAAGAUUGAUACAGAAUGAAAAGAUUAUAUUAUUUAAAAAAAAGAAUAUAAAGUUCUUUAUUUUUGUUUUAUUUAUUUUGUUAGGAAUCUUGCAAUUACAGAAAUAAGUGUCUACAUUAUUUAGUUUUUCAAUUUAGUUUAUUUAGUUUCCUUUUAAGAAUUAUUUGAUCAAGAAGACUCGAUUCUAACUUUGGUAGUUUUCUUUUUCUUUAUUUCCUAGUGUGUAGGAUUUCUCCUACUAUAAAUUGAGUUGUAAGUCUUAGGGCUAUUCAGUUUUUGAUGAUUAAUGAAAUGAUAAAGAGUGUUCUCUUUUAUGCCAAA